AUGCGUCCGCCGAGGAUCGCAAUCCUCUCCCUGUUCUUCGCCGCAUGUUUGUUCCUCCUCUGCCGCUCCAUAGCAUCCGCCGCCCGAACCUCCCCUGCCAUCUCGGCACCAGCUUCCUCGACACAGAGAUCUGGUUUCCGAACACUGUUCUCAUGGACUGCGCCCUUCUCGCUCUUCUCUCCGAAUGCAAUCAUUUCGAUAGCCGAAGACAACAGCACGUCUUUCGCCGCGCGUCCGGCCGCGUUCGGCCCCCUGUUGCCGAAUAAGGGUCUCAACGGACAGUUAUGGAUUGGGAGCGGAUUCACUGAGGAAACUUUGCAAGACGAUGAAGAUAGCGACGGCGAGCUCGGUUGUAGCGAUGUGCCUGGCUGGGACGGGAGCAGCCUGACGGUUAUCAAGACAGCCGCCAAAAAGCUCGACGACAAAUCUAAAUCAACCAGCACCAACAGCGGUUCCAAACGUCAGAAGCGUGAGCAAGGCUCCAAGACGCCCAUGGGCGAUCGUCCGUCUCACUCGAAUACCGACUCGAAAGCCAAGAAUAAGCACACGGAUGAUGGCACUGAUGACUAUCUCCACGAGGGCCUGGACCUGACCUCCAAAUCGCAAAAUGACGCUUUUGGACUAUCAAGCUCAGGUCACGCUGACAUUCAAUCAAUCCAAGAAAGUGCCGAGAUCGCUGGUAAAAUCGUCCUACUCAGCCGUGGCGGUUGUGGGUUUCUCGAGAAGGUCAAAUGGGCACAACGGCGUGGCGCCAUCGCCUUGAUAGUUGGAGACAAAGUGCGAGGUGGCCCGCUGAUUCAGAUGUACGCACGUGGUGAUACUUCGAACAUUACAAUUCCCUCCAUCUUCACGUCACGAACCACAGCCUAUCUUCUGUCUUCUUUGAUGCAACCUGGCAGUUUCAUUGAGGACAUCAUUGACGAGAAUGGCAAACCGUCAUAUCAGGUACAGCGCUCGGAUAAGGCCCGUAGAGCCAGACUUCACACAACCACAACAGCGCAAAACCCUCAAACUACAGAUGCGUCGAAAGGGAAGGCCUCAGCUACUAAGAAGGCAGUCAACACGAAGGCCACUGAUAAAAUCAAGCCUGAGACUCCAGCCUCAGGGUGGUUCACUCGCAUCUUCAAAUGGGGCUCCGGCGCAAGAUCGACUAGCAGAAGCCGCCCGCCGAGCAGUGGACAGCACGAUUGGGUGCUUGUUGAAGAGUUCUCAGACAGCCAAGACAAGUUGAUUAAGAACAACCUCGAUAAAACAGCGAGGAAAACUGGACAGCACGCUGGCUCCAAGUCUGACAAGUUAUCUGGCGACGAGUUUCAAAUUGGGGUUGAGGACUGGAGAGAUCCCGACCUGGUCGGUUCUUCAGUUCAGAAGGAUAACCAAAAAGGAACGAGCAAGGACGGUAAAAAUGUCCCUGAAGCCGGUCUGAAUACCGACGCUGGUAAGACAGACGCAAAGACCAAAGACACGAACAAGCCUAAAGGUGGUAGUAUUACUCCUGGCAGUGGAGAGUACUCACCCAAGAGUCCAAAGGGAAAACCAUCUGAACUGAAGGCUGAAAAACCAAAACCGCAACCUGCAGAGUAUGCCGGCCUUCUCUCGAAGCUUUUUGGAGGACACCAUAACUCUCAAGCCGCUGCAGCGAAGCCAUUACCUCCUCCUCGUAUUGAGACCCCCAUCGUAGAGAAACCUGCGCCGGGCGAGCUAAACCCACCGGAGCAGGAAGGAUUAUGGGUGGUUAUCACCCCAACAAGUGGAGCAAGCCCCUUCUUCGAUACACUCUUGGUUCUAGUCGUCAGCCCACUCAUUACGUUGACGGUGGUCUACGCGCUUCUGAUUCUCCGUGCACGGAUUCGACGCAGAAGGUGGAGGGCCCCUAAGUCUGUGGUGGAGAGGCUUCCGGUCAGGACAUUUCAUACAGUUGCCUCGACUCCGAGCCAAUCACCUCGAGUUACACGGCCUCCUUCUCCUGCGCCUCCUUCUCCUACUACUCCUUUGCUGCAGAGUCAGCACAAUGCUUCAAGACCAAGGCCUCGUUCUAGGACAACUACCGGUGUUGCAAGCGAUUUGCUGCAAGUCAACUCAUCUCUUCAAGUUCCGAGGUCCCCACCGCAAGAGAAACCUAGUGAGUGGAAAAAGUAUAUGGGCAGGCAAGUGGAAUGCGUCGUGUGUUUGGAAGAGUAUGUCGACGGAGUUAGCCAGGUCAUGAGCCUUCCGUGUGGCCACGAAUUCCACGUCGAGUGCAUUACACCAUGGUUGACUACUCGGCGCCGUACAUGUCCUAUCUGUAAAGGGGAUGUUGUCCGAUCUUUGGCACGAGGAUCACCAUCUAGCCCACGCUAUGAGCCUUACCGCGACGACAGUGAUGACGGUUUUGGUGCAGAAGCAUCAACGUCGUCUUCUCUUGCUUCACGCGGUCCUAUUCAUCAACAAGACCAUGAUUCCGAUGUAGAACAAGGUGUUUUGUCUCCUACUGGACAUACACCUCAGCAAGAGAACUGGUUCAGUACCUUAUCAAGGGGCCUAAGAGAAGCGACCAGUUCCGCGAAUUCAAGGCCGCGCGACACGGCAGAAGACCGUGACAGGUGA